AUGGCUAGAGGAAUUGCCGUUGGACUUAAAAGAGGAUACCCAGUUCAUACUAUGAAAACCGCUAAAAGACAUUAUGGUGUCACAAAAAGAAAGCAUGUUGUUAAUGACGUUAUUAGAGAAGCAUGUGGAUUUUCAGCAUAUGAAAGACACAUGAUGGAUCUUCUUAGAAGAGGACUUGAUAAGAAAGCACUUAAAUAUGCUAAAAAACAUCUUGGAACACACAAAAGAGGACUUGCCAAGAGAGAUGAAAUCCAACGUGCUCUUGAAGCUAUUAAAGCUGCCCAUGCUCAUCUUGGACAUCACGAACAACACUAAGUAAUAUGUGCGUUAAACUAAUUGAGUUAAUAACCGAUG